AUGGUAGAGGCAGGGGAAGAACAAAUUUCAGAGGUAGAGGAAGAAAUUCAUAUAGAGGUGGAAGAGGCAGCCCCUCAAACUCAAGUGGAAGAGGAAGCAACCCAUCAAGAUCAAGUGGAAGAGGCAACUAUCAAACAUCAAUUCAAAAUCAGCCCCAAAGCCAAAGCCAACAUACCACAAGAAGAAAAUGAAGAUUUUAUAUCAGCAAGUACUCGUUCAAAUGUGACUCCUCCUAUAGCUAUUCAAGGUCAACAAAGUGGACAACAAAUGACACCAUCAAGUGUAAGGACAGCCCCACACACUCAAGCAAAUACUCCAUCAAAUGUGCAAUUAACACCAUCUUCAAUUGGCAGUCUUGGUGCUGGACCAUCAAGCCCACAUUCAACAAAUUCAAGUGACAUGUCCAAUCCUACAUUAGUAAGCUUGAGGAGACAAAAAAUCAGAAGUUUAACAGAUAUUUAUGAACAAAAUGAAGGUGAAAAUAAUGUAGGCCAGACUUCUCUUUUCGCUUUAUACUCGCAUGUAGAUGAUCCAAUUCAUUUUGAAGAACCUAUUAAGGAACAAAAAUGGGUGCAAGCAAUGGAUGAAGAAAUUGAAGCAAUUGAAAAGAAUGAAACAUGGGAGUUAGUUAGUCUUCUACAAGGAAAAGAGGUGUUAGGAGUGAAGUGGGUUUAUAAAACCAAAUUGAAUGCGAAUGGAGAUGUGCAAAAACAUAAGGAAAGGUUGGUGGCAAAAGGUUAUUCACAACAACCCGAGGUAGACUACAAUGAGAUAGUUGCACCGGUUGCCCGCUUAGACACCGUGAGAACAAUACUAGUCAUAGCAGCUCAAAACAAGUGGGCAAUAUAUCAAAUGGAUGUGAAAUCAGCUUUCUUAAAUUGUAUUUUAGAAGAAGAAGUCUAUGUGGACCAGCCACCCGGAUAUGAGAUUUUGGGUCAUGAAAAGAAGGUGCAGCUCAGUGAGCCUACAUUGUAUACCAAGAUGAAUGAGCAAGCACAAACACCAAUAGUGAUAGGUUUGAAGUUGAGUAAAAAUGACAAAGGAGCUAAUGUAAAUCCAACUUUGUAUAAAAAACUUGUUGGUAGUCUCAUGUAUCUAAUAGCCACAAGGCCUGAUAUAAUGUUUGGAGUUAGUCUCAUUUCAAGGUUCAUGGAGUCUCCAAAAGUUACACAUUGGAAUGCUAGAAAAAGAAUUUUGAAAUAUGUUAGUGGAACAAAGAAUUAUGGAAUAUUUUACUCAAUGUCAAAUGAUUUCAAGCUGAUAGGAUACAGGGAUAGUGAUUGUGCUGGUAGCAUAGAUGAUAGGAAGAGAACUUCAGGAUAUGCUUUUCAUUUUGGAUUAGGUGUAGUAUCAUGGGCUUCAAAGAAACAACCAAUUGUAACUCUUUCAUCAACUGAAGCAGAGUAUGUAGUAGCUACAGGGGUAGCGUGUCAAGCCGUUUGGAUGAGAAGAAUGUUGAAAGAAUUGAGGUAUGAACAAGAAAGUGCAACAAAGAUAUAUUGUGGCAAUAACUCAGCUAUAGCAUUAUCAAAAAAUCCAGUAUUUCACAAAAGGAGCAAGCAUAUAGACAUAAGGUAUCACUUCAUCAAGGAGCUGAUCAACAAUGGAGAAAUAAUUUUGGAACAUUGCAAGUCAGAAGACCAAUUUGCUGAUAUCUUCACCAAACCAUUGGGAAAUGAAAGUUUUGUGCAUCAACGAAACAACUUGGACAUAGUGAACCAGGGACUUGAAAAGCCUCCAUAUAUAAAUUCUCAUCCUGUUGAAGGAAAAGAACAUUCUGCAAAGUUAGAGCCCCUAGAAAGUGGAGGGAACAAAGCUGUUCAUAUUGCAGUAAGAUGCAAUCAGGGUGUUGAAAUAGAGUCCGUGGAAACUGGUGGAAACAAAUCCAUGAAUAUUGCAAUAAGCUUUAACCAGGGAUAUGAAAUGCCUCAAAUCAAAAUAAAUUUUUCUUCUUCAAAGAUAGGGGCAUUGGAAAGUGGAGAUACACCUCUACAUAUUUCAGCAAGGAACAAAAAUAUUCGUCAAAGAAGAAAAUUUUUCGUGCAAGUUUCUGUUUAUCCCGUGCUUCUUAAGCUUUUAUCGUGCACUCAUUUGUUGGAUCUGCCUGAAGAGUACCAAGAAUUAUCUCUGGAGAAGCUUAAUGUUGAGUCAUGCAAGCGACUAAAAGAUCUUCCAAAAAAUGUCGGACAAAAACGUUUGGUGCAGAAGACUGUGUCCUUGAGUUGGUGCUCCACUAUAGCAGAAAUAUCAGAAGGAUUCAUCCGGCACAUCAAAACUCAUGUGUAUCUAGAAAAGUUAAAUCUGAGUUCAUAUGACAAAUUGGAUGAGGCAUCUAUUCGACUGAGCCGGCUCCCAGCGUUAAAAGAAUUGAUCAUGUCGAACUGUAAAGUACUGAAGGGAAACUGUUUAAGAAGUCUUAGUAACAUACAGAGCCUGACAUUCAUAGACAUUCAUGACAGCCCAAAUCUGCAGAAUACAUGGAAUCAAAUGAAGAGUGAGGACAAAACUUUUCACUUCACAGCUUCAACAGGAGGGCCUCGUAUCAUGCCUCGUUCUAUACCUUCUUCUGAAUCCCACAAGUCGCGGAUUGACAAAGAGAUAGAGCGGGGAACCUUAGAUUUCUUCGACAACAAAUGGUAUUUUAUGGACAACUGGUGGGUAAGUAUCGUUUUUGUAGUGGUGAUAACUAUGAAGCUCAAGUGUUCUUUGAAAAACUUUUUGGGCAUGGAUCAGUCUUUCGAUCAUGCUAUGAUCUCUAGUGAAGUCAUGGGCAAUGGAGAAUUGAAAUCCUUUUCAGACUGGACAAUUAUAACAAAAGACAGUUUAAAGGCCAUGAUCGGGGAUGUCCUAGAAACACAGUACCUCCGUUUGAAGGAACUUUCUGAGGUUAAUGCUAAGGAUAAUGAGAAGUCCAAUACAAAAUUGCUUCAAGCUUUGUUGCUCACAAAGGACAUCAACUUCCUUAUCACUAGCACGGCUCAGAGAACAAAAGCUGCAGCAAGGAUUCUGCUAUGUUUGGAUUUAUCCACAGGAGUAAUAUGGAGGAAGACUAAAAAAUUGGUACUUAAAGGAAAAAAAAUUCAAUUUUUUCAACAUAAAGGUCUUCGUGCUCCACAAAGAGAGUACGAUGGAGAUCAGGACGACAAUGACCCAGUCAGCAGCAUUAAAAAAUUGCUGGAAUUGGAGGAGGACGAGGCAGCAGUAGCAGUUUUUAUAUGCGGUGAUCGGAGCACAGGCAAGUCGAAAGCUGGAGAUAAAGUGUAUUCGAUGCUUGAAAAUGAGCUCAAAAACAAGAAAUGGAAGCAAUUGAAAAUAGAAAUAUCUGGGAUGGACAGUGCGAAAGAAGGCUCCAUAUCAAAUACAGACAUUGUUCCUGGUCUGCGAUCGCAAAUUUUACAGAAUCUGGGAUUAAAAUAUAUUUCACCAGACAUUGAAAACGAUGGAGAUUGGAAGAAGCAGCUGCAUAAGGCUUUUAAUGUCUUAGAUGAAAAACAUGCUAUCGAGAAUGUAUUCAUGUACAUUGAAAAUAUCCCCAGUGCUGAAAUCCUUGGUAAACUUUUGCCAAAGAGGAACUACGGACUGAAUCGCAUCAGACUUCUGGUUACGACUCGCGAGAAGGAUGUAAUAUCUGCUACGGAGGGCACCAAUUUUAAAAGACAUCUGUAUGCUAUGAAAGGUUUGGGUUACAAGCAAGCUUUGGAAUUCUUCAAGAAAAAGCUUUCGUUGAGUAACAUUAACAAACCUCUUGUAUGGAACAUUAUAAAGAUUUGUAAGGGCUAUAAGCUUCAAAUGAAAAUUGUUCGGGACCAUUUGGUUAAGUAUUACAAAGACGAGGAAGCAUUUAGCAGAUUGUUAGAAUGGAUUGAAACAGAGAAGCCUAGUUUCGAAGUACUGAGUGAGUACUUGGGGUGCGAAGGAAAAUUCCUCCGUCAGUCUAUAACCACCCAAGAUGCACUUCUGGACAUUUGUUCAUUUUUCAAUAACAGGGAGUGGGAUCAUGUGGCCUGCAUAUUUGAAAUCGAUGUACUGGAAAAGUUGAAAGAGUUGGAGCUAGUGAAAAGAGAAUCAACUAAAGUAGUUGUCCCUGCUACAGUCAUGCCGUACUGUCUCUCUCUUGCAAAAGGAGUUCGAACAACUACUGCCGCUGAGCUCCAUGCUUUGCUGGCAAAAAAUAAGCUUCACGCAAUAAAAGGAAUCUGGCUUUUAGAAAACAAGUUCCCAUUCCCUAUUUCUGCACAACAGCUGGAUGACAUGCCGAAUCUAAGAGUUCUUGGUUUAGGAGACUGUACAAUUGUGGAUGGUGAAUGUAAAAGAAAUUUCAAGCAUCUUCGAUAUUUUCAAGCUGGAAGAAUUCAACAACUGCCCUUCGAUAUCGCUCACAUGGAGCACCUAACCUAUUUGGAUAACAAUUCCAACAACUACAUGGGGGAGACCACAAAAAAUGUUCCAACAACUCUCAGGAUGGUGAAGUCAACGGCAUUAAAUUUGGAGCAUUACAGUGAUUUAAAUAAUCUUCCCAAAGAAUGCAAGCUUAUAGAGUUGAAUCUAGAAGGCAAUGAUAUGGAAAAUCUAUCACUGAGCUCUGCCGAAUUGCAUGCUGUGGAGAAAAUAGUUAUAAGGAAGUGUAGCAAAUUACUAAAUUUGCCUAAAAGUUUUGGAAAUCUCAAAUGUUUGAAGAGAUUGGAUCUAAGCCACUGUGAAGAACUGACAGAGUUGCCAUCGAAUUUUGGAUGGAUAAGCAACCUGGAGAAAGUUAACUUGUCCUUCUGCAGGAGGCUAAAACAUCUUCCCGAUAGUAUGAAUUUGCUGACCUGCGUGAAUGAAAUUGAUUUGUCAUAUUGCAGGAGCAUUGAAAAGCUUCCUAAGCGCUUUUCUGAACUUUCCACAUUGCGGGUGUUGAAUUUAAGAUCGUGUACUCAUUUGUUGGAGCUGCCUGAAGAGUACCAAGGAUUAGCUCUUGAGAAGCUUAAUGUUGAGUCAUGCAAGCGACUAAAAGAUCUUCCAAAAAAUGUAGGACAAAACCCUUUGAUGCAGAAGACUGUGUCCUUGAGUUGGUGCUCCACAAUAGCAGAAAUACCAGAAGGAUUCAUCAGGCACAUCAAAACUCAUGUGGAAGAGCUUAUUUUAAUGGAUUGCAUCGGCCUGAUCUCGCUACCAGAUAAUAUUUUCAUGGAACUGUCUGUUCUAAAAAGCCUUAACUUGAGCGGUUGUAGAAGCCUUCUAGGCCUGCCAAAGCAAAUGCACAAACUCCAGCAUCUAGAAAAGUUAAAUCUGAGUUCAUGUGACAAAUUGGAUGAGGCAUCUAUUCGACUGAGCCGGCUCCCAGCGUUAAAAGAAUUGAUUAUUUUGAACUGUAAAGUACUGAAAGGAAACUGGUUAAGAAGUCUUAGUAAUAUACAGAGCCUGACAUUCGUGGACAUUUAUGACAGCCCAAAUCUGCAGAAUACAUGGAAUCAAAUGAAGAUUGAGAACAAAGUUUUUCACUUCACAGCUUCAACAGGAGGGCCUCGUAUCGUGCCUUUUUCUUUACCUCCUUCUACGUCUCACAAGUUGCGGAUUGACAAGGAGAUAGAGCGGGGAACCUUGGAUUUCUUCAACAACAAAUGGCAUUUUAUGGAUGUCAGUGGAGGAGUUUUCUAUCCAUCUGAUCUUGAGGUAGGGAGUACUGUAGUUAUUAUAUUUGACAAGAAUUAUCAGGAGGAAGACCGGCAAGCGCUGAUCAGAAUACUAGCUGAUCUCCAAGCAACAUCCAAUAGCAUGCAGGUAAUUUAUAUUGGCAAAUUUUGUAGUUCACUGGCAACGGAACUGGUCGGAAAGUAUCGUUUUUGCAGUGGUGAUAACUAUGAAGCUGAAGUGUUCUUUGAAAAGCUUUUGGGCAUGGAUCAGUCUUUCGAUCAUGUUAUGAUCUCUAGUGAAGUUAAGGGCAAUGGAGAAUUGAAAUCCUUUUCAGACUUGACAAGCAUAACAAAAGACAGUUUAAAGGCCAUGACCAGGGAUGUCCCAGAAACACAGUACCUCCAUUUGAAGGAACUUUCUGAGGGUAAUACCAAGGAUAAUGAGAAGUCCAAUACAAAAUUGCUUCAAGCUUUGUUGCUCACAAAGGAAAUUAACUUCCUGAUCACUAGCACGGCUCAGGUGGAAAUCAAAGACCUUGAGGGGAAAUUCGUUUUUCUCUUACUGUCAUGGCCUCACAACAUUGAAGUAGAAUCCAAGGCUUUCAAUGAGGUUUAUGACAAGCUCAAGAAAAUGUUGGAGGACAAAGAAAUUGAAAACUGUAUCGACCUUAAGGGAGAACCGAUGACUUUCAGUGAAGUGUAUGACAAGCACAAGAAAAAGGAGGACAAACCUAUCAAAAGUCGUAUCGACUUUGAGGUGGUAUGGAUUCCAAUAAUAAUACAUGGUAGAGGCACACGAGCUAGUCAUUUAGACGGGAUUAAGAAACUCAAGUGGCCAUCGAUUGCAGAUCCUUGGUCCAUCAAUCCCUUAGCAAUGCUUUAUUUCCGAAGGCAUCCUUGCUUCUAUAAAUUGCCAUUGCUCAUUGGUGUGCCUCCGAAGGGAAAGCUCCAUUCGGAAAAUCUUAUUCCAAACACAGACGACAAAGAGAGAGAAAUAUGUAAGAAGUGGGUGACAAAGGCAGUGCAAGGAAGGGAAAUGAUGAUGGCGAAGAUGGAAAGAGAGAUAACAAACAUGAGGGUGACAGAGACAACAAAUGUGCUAUUCAAAUUUAUGGAGGAAUGGGAUAAGAAAAAUAGCAGAGAGGAAAAGGAAAAAUCAAAGUCCACAUAAGCUUGCACAACAUAGAAAACAUAUUACCUUUUACAUUAAAAAUGAACAACCUCUCUAGUUAGUUAUGCAUUCUCUAGAUAAAUGAUCUUUCUUAAAAAGAUUAUAAUGAUGAGGUUUCUUAUAAUGCAAAUAUAUUUUGUGAUGUUUUGUUGAUUUACAACUAAUCAAAUAGUAAACACAUCCUAGAUAGUGGUCCAAAUAAAGUCCACUUUUGAAAAUGUGUAUAAAAUUGAAUAUGCCUUUUAUUUCA